AUGCGGCGGUGUCGGGGCGCGGGGCUGGCGGCGCUGGCCGCGCUGCUCCUCGUGGCUGUGGCCAGAGCCCAGGUACAGCAGGAGCCGUCACUACAGACCACCGAGGGCAUCGGUAUCAACAUCACCUGCUCACACCCCAAAAGACGGCUGGGAGAAACCAUCUACUGGUACCAACAGCUCCUGGACAAAGGCCCCGAACUCCUGGCCUUCACUGCCAGAGGCUCCAAGGCUGUGCCGGCCAUUGCAGGACAGGUGACUGUGUCGGAGGACGGGCGAUCCAGCCCGCUGUGGCUCGGCCGGCCCCGGCGCGGGGACGCGGCCGUGUAUUACUGCGCGCUGGGGGCCCGGGCAGAGGAGCCGGGGCUGCGGCCGGGCACGAACCGCCGCGGGCGGGGCCGGCCGGGGCCAGCAGGGGGCGCUGCCGCUCCGCCCCCCGGGCUCCCGGGGCUCCGCAGCUCCUUCCUCUGCCCCGAGCCCGCACGCACCGGCACCGCACAGCCCCGCACGGCCCCAGCGCCCCUCACAACCCGCCUGCAGCUGCGCUGCACACUCGCCACACACAGCCCGGCCUCCCCGCGCUCCCCAGCCCGCCUCUGCCCGGCACCAAACUGCUGCGGGCUGCGCCUCUGCCGGCGCCUCUCGCCCUCCGGCCUCGGCUGCUGCUGCUCUCAGCCCGCUUCGCGAAGCAAAGAGAUGCUCCUUGACAGCACUGGGCUGGGAGCUGACCAAGCAACUGCACUGACAGGCACACAGGGGCUAAUUCAUGGAGUGCUGUCGCAUCAGGAGUUCAUGACAUGA